AUGUUAGCUCGACUGGCAAAGAAGAUCUCCAACGAAUACUCGAAGAGAAGAACAACCAGCAGCCCGCUGAAGAAGACAUUUUACAGAGACAUUGGUGAUGGAUCGGUCACGCCAUUCGCAAGCCUUCCAAUACGACAAUACAAUCUCUCACCUGGAACCCUCAAGGGAAGUGUGAGAAAGGGCGGCCUAGAAACACUUGGCGCCAAUACCCGGAUACAGAUGCCAAGUCAGUGCCGGGGUAACGCGAACCAUGCGGACCUCAUCAUCGCGGUGCCGGGCUCGAGCAAGGUGCCUGAACUUGAAUUUCAGAGCUUUGAAGAGAAUCUGAUCGACCUGUUGAGACAUUUCUCAAUCGAGCCGAACGAGUUCAACAUCGGUCUGAUUCUUUAUGGAGAAAACGCCAUAAGGAUUGCGGCACCUCAGCCUUUCAAGACUCGCACACAGAUCAACACCCGAGUGACUUUGCUCACACAGCGGAUGCAGCAUCUACACGCCCUCGGGUCCUAUAAUAACGUUGCCAAGGCGAUCGAAGCUAUGAUUGACAUGUUCAUCCAUCCACCAGCCGGGUACAAUCCACAGAUAUUGCGCCCCGCCUCUCGGCAUAUCGGCAUUUUCUUUACGUACGGACCCUCAAAGCCCACAAAUGUCAGGAGCGUCAUCGAAGCCGCCACCAAGGCCAAGGCGGCAAACAUCCUUAUGUACGCACUGGCCGCUAACGGUACCAGCGAGGACUUCCCCCAGAUCGCCACGGACUACUGCCGCCUCUUCUCCAUGGCAGGAUUUGAAGACGGCCUUCCUUAUGCCAUCCCGGAUCUCGGCAGUGGCAUUUGCUCAGAAUUGGACCCGGCCGUAACUGUAACCGCUGAGAAUUGCUUCCCAAGAGGCUACUCGAAGGCGCCACGUAUAGGCGUCUCCUGUCAGGUGGAGGGCAACAUGAUGCAGGCCGACCCCAACAACUGCGCCUACUACUUCCAGUGCGAGUACUUCGAUAAGAACCCAAAGCGUGUGCGAUGUGCGCUCAACACACUGUACGACCCGUUGACGUUUAACUGCAACUCGCUCGAAAACGUCGCCUGCUACAACGACCUGACUUGCCCGACGGAGAAGCCCGGCCUGUACCCCCACCCCAUGGAGUGCAACAAGUACCUCAACUGCUUCAAUGACUUCAUCCCACACGUGCAGACGUGCCCGGCAGGUCAGGUAUUCGACAGCGUCAAUCGGGUCUGCAACGAGACCGCUUCCGGCGCGUGCAUCAUGCAGCAUUAAUCCUUAUUUGUCAUACCACAGUGUGCACACCGAAAAUAAACUUUUGGCGCAAACUCAACUAAUCAUAUAUCAUGAUAUGUGCACAUAUUUAUCAUAUUGCCUGGAAAGUCGUUUACAAAAAAGUAUUUUAAAGCUUAAACUAACUUUUGCUAAGUUUGAAUGUUUAUAUUUUUGACGUUGUAGUAGCUUUCACUUAUCUGUUCGCUUUUUGUUAUUAAAGCGUCGCAAUUUUGCAUAGUAAUUUUUUUUUAAAUCAAGUGCAUUCGCGCAUUCAUCUUCAUGUUAUUGCGGUGAUUCGAUUUUUUUAUUUUGCUAGUAUCAGGGUGCAGAAUACAUGGGGUUUUCAGGGGUUUACACAAGGGCUGGCCAGAAUGUAAACACACCGUUAAGAGCUUUAACAAGUUUUUAAGUUAUUGAAAUACAUUUGCAAAAAUUUCAAGUGCAUACAAGACAGUUGUUCUUGCAGUUUGUGCCGAUAUCUUAACCCAUUUAUGCCUAGCGUCUAGAAAAAAGGCAUUGGCAAACAGCGUAGACCCAGAUGAGACGCCGCAUGAUGCGGUGUCUCAUCAGGGUCUGCGCUGUUUGCUGAAAGGAAUUUCUGUAAGAGAUAUUCUAAAUAUAGAAAUAAAUAUACUAGAAAUCCCUAAUUUUGGAAAUAAAUUGAUCCAAUUUAGAAGGAUAGAAGAAUCCACUAGGCACAAAUGGGUUAAGGUAUAAGAAUAAAUCAUUGAAUACGCCUGAAAUCGGUGGCAUAAUUUCACGUUGCGUUCAGCAUAACCGUAUAAAUGAAUGAAUUACACAUAGAAUUUUCGAACAAGAACACAUGCUUAUUAAAUAAAGCAAUUCUGAUGUAUUUCACAUUGCCAAAAAGCAGCAUAAAAUCUGUCUUGUAUGCACUAGUUGAAAUUCUUAUGAAAAAUUGUUUGAAAAAAGUUAUUCGAAAAAGCACCCCUUACCGGUUCCCACAAAGUCACGUGAUCCUGCACCCUGAGUAUUAUAAUAUAUUUGAACAUUUUUCUUAAAAGACUGGUUAUAAACACAACUGAUCAGGAGGUUUAUUUAUUUGAACAAUUGCAAGCAAAUUGCAAACUAUUAGACAAUCAAACUAAUUUAAUCUUGGCAAAGUAAACAAUACACGAAAAUAAAUUCCAAUUUGACAUUUUAAACACUAACACCGAAAAGAACUGACGUACAUUUACUCGCAUUUCGCGAUAUACGUAACGAUAUAAAAGUAUUACUUAUGUAUUGAUCUCCAUGCAAUAAUAAACUGCUAUCUAAAAUGUAUUUCAAAUGGGCAUUAAUAAACUUAAAUACUAUGCAGAUACAAAAUUGUGAUUUUUGAUGAUUGAAAGUCCUUUAUUUAUUCCUUUUUGGUUAUGUUUAUUUUAUGCCUCACCUUGUGUGUCACAUCAAUAUUGUUUAUUCUGUUGCAUAAACAAUUCAUGUGUUUUGAGUAUACGUUUCGUUGUUAAGGGGUACGUAUUAAAAUAUUCGUUCUUCUUUAUAAUUGACCGGACUCAAAGUUACUCAGAACAUAAAUACAUAUCCCAUUUAUGCCUAGCGUCUAGAAAAAGGCCUUCGAAAACAGCGUAGACCCAGAUGAGACACCGCAUGAUGCGGCGUCUCAUCAGGGUCUGCGCUGUUUGCUUAAAGGAAUUUCUGUAAGAAAUAUUCUAAAUAUAGAAAUAAAAAUACUAGACAUACCUAAUUUUGAAAAUAAAUUGAUCCAAUAUAGAAGGAUGGGAGAGUCCACUAGGCAUAAAUUGGUUAAUAAUUCGCUGUACAAAGAAGUCAGAGGUCCAUGCUUAA